AACACCGCGCCGUGCCGUUGCCGAGCGCGUACGCUACUAACGGCCGGCCCUGCCCGCCGGCGUGCUCAACACCGCCCCGACCGCCCGCCCGCCCGCCUGCGUCGUUGCGAACAAGGCAGUACGUCGCGUUGCGAGUUGGGACGCAAUGCUUUGAUUUGAUGAUGCUAGCGAUGUGACAUGGUGUGAGUGAUGGGCGACCUGAGGCUGCCCCACCUACCACGGCCGGCACGCGGAUCGCCUCCUUUCCGCGGGAUCAAAACCGACAAGGAUUCCGCGCGGAAACAAGCAGCACUGCGUACGUAUACGUACUCCUCCUGCUGCUGCUGCUUGUCUUGUCACGCGUCUCGGCCAAGACCAGGCGGCGCGGGUGUCGAUGGCAGCUCCAGUGCUUGCCCGCGAGCUCCUGGACGCGGCGCGAGCGCCGGAGUUCGCGGAGUGGCAGCGCGGCGUGCGCCGCGGCAUCCACCAGCACCCGGAGCUCGCCUUCCAGGAGCACCGCACCAGCGCGCUCGUGCGCGCAGAGCUCGACGCGCUCGGCGUCGCUUACGCCUGGCCCGUCGCGCAGACCGGCGUCGUCGCAACCAUCGCCGGCCUCCCGGGCGUCACGGGGCCGGUGUUCGCGCUCCGGGCCGACAUGGACGCGCUCCCCAUCCAGGAAAUGGUAGAAUGGGAGUUCAAGAGCAAGGAAGAUGGGAAGAUGCAUGCUUGUGGGCAUGACGCUCAUGUUGCGAUGCUUCUAGGAGCUGCUAAGUUGCUUCAGUCUCUGAAGAACGAUUUGAAGGGCACAGUGAAGCUUGUCUUCCAGCCGGCCGAGGAGAGCCAUGCCGGCGGGUACCAUGUGCUCAAGGAAGGCGUCCUGGACGACGUGCAGGCCAUCUUCGCCAUGCACGUCGGCACGGCUCUGCCGGUGGGCGUCGUCGGCUCCAGACCAGGUCCGUUCCUCGCCGGGUCGGCUCGGUUCGCGGCGACCAUCACCGGGAAAGGCGGGCAUGCCGCGGGACCCCAGCACGUCGUCGAUCCGAUUGUCGCGGCUUCCUCCGCCGUGCUCAGCCUUCAGCAGCUCGUUGCACGCGAAACCGAUCCACUUCAGGGCGCAGUGGUGUCUGUGGCAUACAUCAAAGGAGGUGAAGCUUUCAAUGUCAUCCCAGAAUCGGUGACCCUGGGUGGCACCUUCAGGAGCAUGACAACAGAAGGUCUAUCCUAUCUCAUGAAGAGAAUCAAAGAGGUGAUACAAGGGCAGGCCGCCGUGAGCCGCUGCGCUGCGACCGUCGACUUCAUGGAGGAGAAGCUCCGGCCGUACCCGGCCACCGUCAACGACGAAGCGAUGUACGCCCACGCCAAGGCCGUCGCGGAGGGCAUGCUCGGAGAGGCUAACGUCAGGCUAUGCCCCCAGCUCAUGGCGGCCGAGGAUUUCGGCUUCUACGCGCAGAAGAUUCCUGCUGCCUUCUUCAGCGUCGGGGUCAGCAAUGACCAGAUGGGAAAGAUCCAUCGCCUGCACUCGCCGCACGUCGUGAUCGACGAGGGCGCGCUACCCAUCGGAGCCGCAUUCCACGCCGCCGUGGCGAUCGAGUACUUGAACAAGCACGCCUCUGCGUGAAGCUCCAACUAGCUGUUUACCUUCCAGACUAUUUCGUGGUGCAUGACGAGACCACAGCCGGAUAAAAAUGGGGGUUGUUAAAGCUGCGCGUGUGGAGGGUUUGUACACAUUUCCAUUCUUUGAAGCAGUUGAAGUGUUGAACAACAAGCAGCUUGUUAUUUGUCAUUUUAACAUGUAAGAGUCAAUUUAGAAUAUGCAAGAACCUCGAGCACAAGUUCGAUCACUACCUCAGAUGAUGAGUGCAAGCUGUUUGCCAUGGAACGCUACCAUGACUUCAGAUUUUCAGAACGGUUGAAACUACAGCUCAAACUACUAAACUAGGCAGUUCAAACUCCCUCGGCCUCUACACGUUUCACAUAUCAGCCUAUAACCCAAACAGUGAUGUAUCCGAUAAGCCACCUAGCUGUUGCUA